AUGGUUGAUGUGGGGGUUGGGUUUGGGGGUUGGUGUUGGGUGGGGUGGGUUGGGGGGGGGGGGGGGGGGGGGGGUUGUUUGUGGGGGGGGUGGUUUGAGGGUUGGGUGGGUUGUUGUUGUUUUUGUGUUGGUUGUUGUGUGGGUGGGGGGGGGUUGUGUUGGGGGUUUUGUGGGGUUGGUUGUGGGGGGUUGGGGUGGGGUGGUUGGUGGUGGUGUGUUGGUGUGGGUGUGGGUGGGGGGGUGGUGGGGUUGUGGUGGUGGGGGGGGGGGGGGUUGUGUGUGUGUGUGUUUUGUUGUGGUGGGUGUUGGUGGGGUGGGUUUUGGGUUUUGGGGGGUUUUAGGUGUGGGGUGGGGGUGGUGUGUGUUUUGUGGGUUUGUUGUUUUGUUGGUUGGUUGGGUGGUGUGUGUUGUUGGGGUUUAUUUGGUUUUGGUGUGUUUGGGGGGGUGGAGGUGGGUGGUGGGGGUGUGUGGGGGUGUUGGGGGGGUGGGUUUUGUUUUGGGGGGGGUGGGGGUGUUUGGUUGGGUGGUGUGGGUUGUGGGGGGUGGAGGGGGGGUGUGUUGGUUUUUUGUGGGUGGGGGGGGGUUGUUUUGUUUUUAGUUGGGGUGUUUUGUGGGGAGGGGGAGUUUGGUGUUGGGGGUGUGGUGAGGUGGUGGUUAGUUUGUGUUGGUUUUGGUGUUUUUUUGUGUGGGGUAUGGUAUGUGGGUAGUGGGGGGUGGUUGGGGGGGGAGGGUUUUGGGGGGUUUGGUUUUUUGUGGUUUGUGAGGGGUGGGUUUAUGUGUGGGGGGGGGGGGGGUGGGGGGGGUUGGGUGGUUGGUUUUGGUGUUGGGGGGGGGGGUUUUGGUGGUGUGGGUGAUGGGUGGGGGUGGGUUGGGGGGGGGGGUUUUGGGGUGGGGGGGGGGGGUUGUUGUGGGUUGUUGUUGUGGUGUUGUGGGUGUGGGGUGUGUGUGUGUUGGUGUUGGUGGGGGGGGGGGGGGUUGGGGGGUGUGGUGGGGGGUGGGGGGGGGGGUUGUGGUUGUGGGGAGGGUGUUGGUUGGUUUGUUGGUUUAGGUUGUGGGUGGGGGGUGGGGGGGUUGGGGGGGUGGGGGGGGGGGGGGUGGGGGGUGGUUUUGUUUUUGUUUGUGGGGGGGGGUGGUGGGGGUGUGGGGUGGUGUGGGGGUUGUUUGUUUGUUGUUGUUUGGGUUUGUGUUGUUGUGUUGUGGUGGGGGUGGGUAGGUUGUUUGGGGGGGGGGGUUUUGGGGGGGUUGUUUGUUUGUGGGGGUUUGGUGUGGUUGGGUGGGGUGGGGGGGUGUGGGGGUGUGGGGGGUGGGUGUGGGGUGGUGGGUUGUGGUUUUUUUGGAUGGGUUUGGGUUGGGUUGGGUUGGGUGUGGGUGUGUGUUUGGUGGGGGGGGUGGGGUGUUGGGUGGUUGGGGGGGGGGGGGGGGUGGGGGGGUUGGUGGGGGGGGUUUGGGGGGGUGGGGGUGUGGGGGGUGGUUGGGUUGGUGUUGGGUUGGGUUUUGGUGUGGGGGUUUUUUGUUGGGUGUUUGUGGUGGUGGUGUUUUUUGGUUGGGUUGGGUGGUGGUUGGGGUGGGUUGUUUUUUGGUGUGGGUGUGGGUGGUUGGGUUGGUGGGUUGGGGGGGGGGUGGGGUGUGUGUGGUGGUUUUUGGUUGUUGUUGUGUGGGGGGUUGUGGUUGGGUUGUGGGGGUUGUUGGGGUGUUGGGGGGUUGGUGGGGGGUGAGCGGGACAGAAACAGACUGAACAAGCUGGUCAGGAGGGCCAGCUCCACUCUGGGCUGCUCCCUGGACUCUGUGGAGGAGGUGAGGGACAGGAGGCCCCUGGACUCUGUGGAGGAGGUGAGGGACAGGAGGCCCCUGGACUCUGUGGAGGAGGUGAGGGACAGGAGGCCCCUGGACUCCGUGGAGGAGGUGAGGGACAGGAGGCCCCUGGACUCUGUGGAGGAGGUGAGGGACAGGAGGCCCCUGGACUCUGUGGAGGAGGUGAGGGACAGGAGGGUGCUAGCCAAAGCCACCUCCAUCAUGAACAACACCUCCCACUGCACAGGACUGAGGAGGAGCUGA